CAGAGGAACACCAAGUCAAGUUGUGCAAGUUCUGUAGUUUGGGUGUCUGUAUCUAUUCAGCAUGAAGUGGGCUUGCCUCUUCUUUCUUCUUGGAUACCUGGUCACUGAUGAACAUGUUCUGCCUGCUACAGCCUCCAAACAAUUUCGAGAUGUGAUGACUCAUGGGACAGCGACUUCUCGUAACAAGUAUCACCACAGGCUAAAUCACUGGUAUUCUGACCAUAAUAACUGGAAUGAAAAGCUUUACCCCUUCUGGGAGAAAGGAGACCCCAGAUGGAAAAACUGCUGGAAAGGGGGAAAAGUAGUAGCCAAUUUGACCAGUGAUAGCCCAGCUCUGGUAGGAUCCAAUGUGACAUUUACUGCAAUGCUAAAAUUUCCCAGAUGUCAGAGGGAAGAUAAUGACAGCAAUAUAAUAUAUGAUCGAAAGUGCCUAAACGAUUCUUCAGUUUUUUCUGAUGAAUAUGUUUAUAAUUGGACCCAAUGGAUUGAUGACUGUAGCUGGCUAAACUGCACAUAUAACAACAGCUACGGUGUUUUCCCAGAUGGAAGACCGUUCCCUCGCCACCACGGCUGGAGGAGAAGGAAUUUCAUCUACAUAUUUCACACACUUGGCCAGUAUUAUCAAAAGAAAGGAGGCUCAUCAGUUAUGGUGUCGAUCAAUACAACAAAUAUCACUGUUGGUAAACAAAUAAUGGAGUUGGUAGUUUAUAGAAGGGGUUAUCGGUCAUAUGUACCAGUAACCACAACAAAUGUUAUUUAUGUUGUAACAGAUCAAAUCCCCUUCUCUGUGAAAAUAUCCCAGAAGAACAAUCGCAAUGUUUCAGACUUUAUCUUCAUCAAGGACAUCCCCAUUAUGUUUGAUGUUCAGAUUCAUGAUCCCAGCCACUACCUGAAUCAUUCUGCUAUUUCCUACCAUUGGAAUUUUGGGGAUGGCAGUGGUUCAUUUGUUUCUAACAAUUCUGAUUCAACACAUACAUACACACUUCUGGGAAAUUUCAGUGCUAACUUGUCUGUUCAAGCUAUUAUACCUGCACCUUGUGGGCCAGUGACAGCUUCUCCUUUAUCUACAUUUCCAGUAGUUACCCAGUUCCCUUCGAAUGCAACUCCCACCUCUCCUAGUUUAACUGAGUUGCUUACAGGACAGCCCCCUGUUGAACGAUGCAAUAUCACUCGAUAUGGAACUUACACAGCCUCACUUACCAUUGUAGAGGGGAUCCUUGAGGUAAACAUUAUCCAAAUGACAAGUGUCCAGAUGACAGCUACUCAAGUUGGAAACUCAGUGGUUGAUUUCGUAGUAACCUGUCAAGGGAGUCUACCUACAGACGCCUGCACAUUAAUUGCUGAUCCCACAUGUACGAUUUUACAGAGUGAGUCAUGUCACCCUGUUGAUGUUGCUGAUGUGUGUUUCCUGACCAUAAGAAGAGCCUUCAAUGAAUCUGGAACCUAUUGUGUCAACAUCACACUGGCUGAUGCAACAAGUCUAGCACUCACAAGUACUCUGAUCUCCAUCAAUGGAGCUGAAGCAUCCUUUUCAAGGACAGCAGAAGGAAUUCUGGUUACUUGUGGUUUCUUGGUGGUGUUUGCUGUUUUUUUGACCUUCUUCCUUUACAAGAGAUACAAAGAAUAUAAACCCAUUGAAAGAAAAAUAGGUCAAGAGAAAUCUGGUGAAGGACUGAGUGUUUACUUCAAUAACGUCAAGGCUGUUUUCUUCCCGGGAGGCAAUGAGAGAGACCCUCUGCUGAAAAGCAAGGGGGGAAUCGUCUAAUUCUCCAGGCUGACAUUUUACAGUUGCAUAUAUCUCAAGCUUUACACUGACCUGUAAUUCAAUGUAGGGAUGCUGUUAAAAAGGGAGGGGAGAUGGUAUACGUGCAUUACAUACAGAAUAAAAGCUAUUGUUCAAUUCACUUGGAAGUAUAAAAUAGCAUCAUGCAGAAAGAAACGUAUUUUACUUGCUUAUCUUGGAUAUGCUAUAAUGUAUCAGUUAAUAAACCAUUUAU